CAUCGCACCACUUUCCACCAUUCCGCCAUCAACCACAGCACAAGCACAAGCACGAGCUCAGCUCACUGCUAGGUAAGCUCGCUGCACCUCCUGUCCACACAAUACCUACCACCUAGAUACCCUCUCUCCUCCGCUCCGAACACGUUCCAAGCACUUGGACUCCAUCGCGAACCUCUCGCUGGAACGACCGCCAGCGUCUCAUCCAGACCCCGUUAUCUGACAGUCGCUCACAGCCACGUAAAUCGUCCACACGCACACUCGAUCGUCAACAUGGGGCUCAAGGGAGUUCACUUCGGUGGCGGCAACAUUGGUCGUGGCUUCGUCGCCGAGUUCCUGCACAACUCUGGCUACGAGGUCGUCUUCGUGGACGUCAUGGACAGCAUCAUUGAACAACUACAGAAAACGAAGAGCUAUGAGGUGACAGAAAUUGGCUCAGACGGCGAGCACAAGUUCACGAUUGACAACUACCGGGCAAUCAACUCCAAGUAUGAGCUGGAGAAGGUCAUCGAAGAGAUUGCUACUGCCGACGUCGUCACAUGUGCUGUUGGUCCCAACGUCCUUAAGUUCAUCGCAGACCCCAUUGCCAAGGGUAUUGAGGCUCGCAAAGCAGACAGUCCACUCGCCGUCAUUGCCUGCGAGAACGCGAUUGGUGCCACAGACACGCUUCGUGGCUUCAUCGAGCAGAAGCUCUCGCCCGAAACGCUCAAGAACAUUGCCCCCAAGGCAGCAUUCGCAAACUCGGCUAUUGAUCGUAUUGUACCAAUCCAGGACGAAGGCGCAGGCCUGAACGUCAAGAUUGAGAAGUUCUACGAGUGGUGCGUCGAGGAGAAACCAUUCAAUGGAAAACCACCGGCGAUCAAGGGUGUUCACUUCGUGGAAGACCUAGAGCCAUACAUUGAGCGUAAGCUCUUCACUGUCAACACGAGUCAUGCCACAGCCGCAUACUACGGCCAUCAGGCUGGCAAGCAGUACAUCCACGAGGUUCUCGAGGACAAGAAGCUUCACGAUAUUGUCCAGGGUGUUCUCGAGGAGACUGCACACCUAAUUUGCACCAAGCACAACCACAUCAGCAAGGAGGAGCAGAACGACUACGUCCAAAAUAUCGUCAAACGCAUCUCGAACCCCGUCCUCAAGGACAACGUCGAACGUGUCGGUCGGGCACCUCUCCGCAAGCUCUCGCGCAAGGAACGUUUUAUCGGUCCCGCUGCCCACCUUGCUGAAGCCGACGAAAAGGUCGAUAACCUGCUUGGUGCUAUUGAGCAGGCACUCCGCUUCCAGAACGUGAAGGGAGACGACGAGUCGUUCGAGCUGGCCAAGAUCAUGAAGGAGAACGAUGCGAAAGCGGUGACGAUCAAGCUGACUGGUCUCGAGGAGAGCCACCCUCUCUUUUCCAGGGUAGAGGCAUGCGUCAAGAAGGUUCAAACUGGUUAGCAGCCGCCGAAUCGAGGGCAAGUGUACGAGACCCGGAACACGCACCGGUUACUUCAGGACCUGAUGCGGACAGACACUUCCGACUCAUCGACAGCUUCCACCCCAAAGGCACUUGUGGAGGAGGAGGAAGAUGAUGAUGAUGAGAUAUGAUAGCAUGACAUUGAGAUACCAAAAGCGAGUAGUAGCCAGCGUCGAUAAUAGCAGCCCGCGGCAACGACAAUGAUGAGAUGACCGUCUACUCUGACUCCC